AUGGUGGAGAUUCUCUCUGCUCGUCCGCCUACACCCCCAAGGACAGGUUCGCGCAUCGUGAUUGACGAGAACAUCGAGUCGCCGGUCGUUGUUCAAACACCCAAGGAAUCGACAUUUUCGGCACUGGAAUCGGGGGCAGCUGGCCCCUCCAGCCGCAGCUCAAAGAAAGUGAAUUUCUCGCCAUGGCCCAAGUACAUCAAACCACCGACCUUUGCUAGUGUCAUGAAAUCAGCUCCAGACCACAAGACUAUCCCUUCAUCCACGGACUCCAAGCCCACGAAAUCGAUCCUCAAAGCAACACAGUCGCCGAUCCCUGUAUGGUCGCCCAAUGUCGAUACAUUCACCACUGAAUCGCUUGCCAUGCUGCUCGAAUCGGUCAUUCAACAACUGGCCGGCGAGUCGAUGAGCUCCCGACUCGAUGCUUAUAUGCAAUUCUUUGGCGCAUUGCGCACGUAUGAUGGAUUGCCGGCUGGUCAUGAUAUUGCGGAAAAAUUAAAUCUCAUAACCGAGUUCAUUCAGCGGGAUGUGAAUCGGGAGCUUACGAACGGCGUCCCUCUUGAUAUCAAUCUUGUCAAUCAAGCUCUCAAGUUGUCGGCCGCAUUUGUUUGGCAUCCACAAAUCUCGACACAACUCUCGGAGGAAUUCAAAACUUUCUUGGUCGACCACUCGAUCACUUGCCUCCACGAGGUCAAGGCACCUAAAUCUGUUUUGACGCACUACAUGUCCAUAUUGUCUACACAAAACUUCGGCCCGAAGAUUAUGACCAGUGCGCGUGUUAUUCGUCUUCUGACUGUACUGCAAGACAUCACCAAGAAUAUCAGUGGCAACGCAAUUGUUUCCCAUCGAUUGAACAUCUAUCAACGGCUGCUGAGUCAAGCCAAGUCCAGCUUCAUCUCCCAAUCAAGCCUAUGGGUUGAACACCUUAUAUUUGCGCUGCUCCAUCAUUUGAAAGAUACAAGGUCAAAAGCGAUCGCUUUAGGCUUCCAGGUGGCUACCGAAGCCGGUCCAAAUACUAUACUGUCCAAAAACAUCCGUGAUCUUUUCGACCGGCCUCUUGACCACGACCGCAAGCUUGUAACGGAGGUUCGUGAGCGCAUGACUCGAAUGAUGCCGACAGUGGAUAGUGGUGUGCAUGUUCCUCAGAUCUGGAGUAUCAUCAUUCUUCUGCUCCGGAGCAAAAGAUACAAUCUGGAGCAGUGGGAUCAUUUCAAGGAAUGGGUUCUAGUACUUCAGAAGUGUUUCAAUUGCAGCGAAGCAGCAAUAAAAGCACAGGCAAUCGUGGGAUGGAAUCGAUUUGUCUUUGCUGUCAGUCCUAACGAAUCGACAAGUCGAUCGCUGCUGAAGAUGCUGGGAAAGCCAGUACUCUCCCAAUUUGACCGCAAGAAGACCGACAAAAUCGACAAGUCAGGCUCACCGCCCACUAUGCUUGCUCUAACGAGCUACCACAACCUACUGUACUAUACUUUCCGCCCUUCGGCUUCAUACCAGCACCUGGAUAUCAUAUGGGAGGAAUAUGUGCUUAUUCCGUCUUCGGGAAUCUUCUCAUUGUUUCCGGGGCUCAGCGAUUGUCUCUCGCGCAUAUUGACUAAUCUGCUGUGGAGCACACAAGCUAAGAUCUGGACUGAAAAUCGAAUCAAUGACACCACCAGGAUAGAAGCCGAGGAACUCCCUGCAGUUGACAGCAAAUGGGUUCGAUCAAGAAUUACCUCGAUUCUCAAUGUUUUUGAACAUCUUUUCAAGGCUUCAGUUUGGAUCGAUGAUGCGGUUGGCACAUCACACGUGGCAUUGGCCUGGAAAAGUCUAUCCAAUGCUCUAUCAUUUGCCUCCAGCAAAGAAAUCACUCCCUCUGGGGAAUCAACGCAAGCUAUUGCCAGCGUCUGGGGUCUGUUGCAUCGCCUUUGGACUGCAGGCCCGCCCUCUUUGAACGCCGAUAGUGCAGAUGUUUUCUUUGAAAGAUUCCAAUUCCUGUCCACCUCAAUGACUGGCUCCCUUGGAAGUAUUCCAUUUACCGAAAAACUUCUUUUGCGAAAUGCGGAUGAAUCCACGAACACCGUGGCACCUCCACCAGGAAAUACGGCUCCCGAAGGCCCUCUUCUUCAUCUUCUUCGGAUUCUCAGUUGUACCACAGGGACGAUCUUACCAAACCAGGCCUAUACACGGUUAGUCUUGAGUAAUAUCGAAACGGCAUGCAACAGCAGAAUGUCCCGUGGAUCCCGUCUCGAGCUUCUACAACAGUGUGCAGAAUUGACCACUACGAGAACGAGUGCUAUCCCCUGUGUGCCUCAACUUUCGGAGAUGGUUUGGAGCGCCACUGCCCAAACAGCCGCAAAUACAUUGCAGUCGUUUCCUAUAGAAUCUGCUCGUGAGCGUGACGGCUCUGUAUCCCGUGAUUAUGAAAAUAUCAUCAGGAUUCUCUCGUUCGGCGUCGCAUCUGCAUCCACUUUCAAACAGUGGUCACAUUUGCUAGAAUCUUUCGUUCGCGUGGUUCGAACAGAGAAAGGGAACCAAGCUGUUGCCUCAAUCAUUGUGGAACCCAUGGCCGAACGUCUGAUCCGUCUUCCCUCUGACGAUAUCUAUCUUCCUUCAACUUCACUACUCAGUCAUUCCUUGUCUAUACCUUUCCUUCAGGGCACCGGUCUAGGGAUAAAUAACGACGGCACGCAACCUAUGGUUCAUGAUCUUUUCCCUCGUCAACUUAUUGAGUUGACUGCCCAAACACUACAACGUGCAUAUGACGAUUUUGGCUCAUCAAAAGCCCUUGAUCUUGCCGAUUUCAUCGAGGCGUUGACUUCUUUCUUGGUGUCUGGAAUUCCACAAUUUCAAUGCCAAGUUCUCCAAAGCCUGCAGCUACCACUGAGUCUUUGGUUGAAAGACGAUUCCUACAAACUCAAUGUUGACCGCGGUGUUGACAGCCGGAUUCUGACCGCAUGUCAGGCACUGUCAUCAGCUACUCUCAAUGUCUUGCAAACUUCGGUUCUCCAUGAUUCAUCUUCUUUCAAAACAUUCGAACAUAUUGUGUGUUCCGGAUUGGAGUCAUCACACAUGUCAGUAGUCAAGAGGUAUGUCGAACUCUGGAAUUUGACCUCCGGUUCGCAGUAUUUUGUCAGUCCAAGCACCAUUUCAGAUACCGUGCAGGCUGCCGAGUCCAGGAUUCAGAGCGCAGCCUCGCCUCUGCAAGACAGUGGUCAGGAUAUCCAGAUGCAAGGCCUCCCUCCUAGGCAAGGUGCACUUGAUCGGAAAUUCCAACUACAGACUCAAGCCUCUCAACUUUCCCCGCCUGUGAUACGGACUGGCGACCCCAUGGACCUCAACUCAACAGAACAGUUCAAUGAACCCCAGUUACCAAGUAAUUUCCAGCAGCCCACAGACGCGCAAAUUGCUUCUGGCCUCUCGGUUUCUCACAAGCGUAAAAACCGUCGUGGAAUGUUUUCGAUGAUUGAAUCCAUUCAGUCCUCGUCGCCAGCUAGUACUUCACGGGAAUUGGGCUUCAACACCCCUCCCCAGUUGCGCAAGCUUGGGGAAUCACUGAAUGAAAUUCCUUUGACGCCCACUCUCGCACCAACAGAGAACGAAGAGGGUUUCAUCGGCUCAUCUCCUACACCUGGAACUAGAGACCCGACACCCGCGGCUAAUUCUGACGCCCUCGCAUUGAGUCAUCUUCCUGUGGAAGUUGAAACUGAUCUCCCAUCCUCUCCACCUCAAAUCCAUUCUCAAACCCCAAGCCCUCGGAAAGCUCUCUCGAAAAGUGCUCGGCGAAGGGCUGCGAAGGCCAGAAAGGCUCUGGCUGCUAAUGCUGGAAAACAGUCAACGGUCAAUACCCCAGCUACUUCCCGCCUUGCGACAGAGAAUGUCGAUAUUUCGAUGGAAGAUGCUCAUGAUCACAAUGACGCCGAUGCCGACGCCGACGCGACGCCUAGAGCAAAUGAUAUGACCCCCAGCCGGAAUCUCCGGUCUUCCCUUGGCAAAGAUUCAAGUACAACCGAGGCAUCUCAAAUAUCACAGUUCGACACCGAUAAAACCCCUGUUCCGCAGCCUACUCGGAAGAGUAAAUCAAACUCAAGUUCCAAGAAGAAAAGAAAGCCAAGCCAGUCUAAGCCUGUUGAUGAUCAACCUCAACCACCCAUGGAAAUACCUCCUGAUGUUCUUCCGGAUAAUUUCAUGGACUCAAGUGAGGAAACUGAGACGCAAAUUGCAUCUCAACUUGGAUUAGAUUUGGAACUGGCAGUGGAUAUGGACGACAAAGAUCAUGCGAAACGAGCAAAGCCUGCUGAGGAGCCACCUGCAUCUACCAAGAAGAGAAAGCGGGAAGAAGAACAAGUUCCCUCCUCUGCAAAAACCGACAGGCGCAGGUCGACGCGGCUUUCCACUGCCAAGGACCCAGUCGUUGCCGCCCCAUCGCAGCCCGAUGAUUCACACCUGCACCCUGCCAUCUCUCGGGCUGUGUCUCCAGCUAAAUCAUUGUCACCGACUGCUACUCGUCGAUCUGCACGCAACGCUCAACGAAAAGAAGGGGACAAAGCUCUUGCCGAGUCAAUUCCCGCAACUGAAAAAUCUGUUGCGGAGCCUACACAGGAUUGUGAGACCCCACGACCAUCCAAAAGGUCUCGCAAAUCCCUCCGUCUUCAGGACCAAUCUGGUUCUAAUUCCAUUGCGAGCACUCCCCAAAGUGUCUCUACGGAUACCCGCCCCCGCAAAACUAGGUCUCAGCAACAAGAAUGUGUAUCUGAACCCCAAAUUUCUAGCGUCCUAUCUCAAAGUCAUGGCGAUACCGACCACCUGCCACCUCAUAUCGACCUGGACAUUGUACCUGAGAGUGUUAUUACAGAUGAACACGCGGAGCAGAACAUCCCCAUCGUUUCCACCGAAGAGGCAACUGCCAGUCAAGCCUCUGAAAUGGAGCGCCCCAUCGAGCCCGUUCUCAACUCGGACAUUGAAAUGGACCUCGAUACAAAUGCCCCUCAGCAAUCCGGAGCCAUUGUUGAGCAAAUCACAAGUGUGGUUACUGCGGGUACUCAAACCCAAGAUACAUCUCCCGAACCCAAAUCAGACACUAGCGAACGAGGGAUCGCCCAAUCUCUGAAAGUCCUUUUGGAUGAAAUGAAGCUGACGACAUUGGGCCCCAAUGCUUUCCGCGAAGUCGAUGAUCUUCUUUUCAAACUCCGUUGUGAAGCGCAAAAUGCAUCAGCGCGACACAAUACUUCAGCAUAG